AGAGUGUCAGUUUGUUGUCUACAUCAGUGCUACCAACUCCAGUCAUGCGUUGUCUGAUUCUCGCAGCCUCCGUCCUCGUCUUUGUCUCCGCGCAGAGCGGAUCUGGUUUUCUACAGGGAAUCCGCGAUUGGUUCGCCAACAACAACAAAAACGACUUCACCAUCGACUUCGUUCACAACUACAGAUUUGAGGAACACGACAUCACGGGCCACCACCUGAUUGUUGCCAUCAGUGACGUCAGCUCUGACAGGUCAUGUCACCUAAUCGAAGUAACACCUGAUUGGGCAGCUGACCUGACAAAUGACGACAAGGUUCACAUCAUUAGUGAAGAGAUCUACCAGCUGAUUACCACCCACACUGCCCAGGAGACUGACCUGUCCAGCGAUGACCUCAAGAACAUCUACGGCGAUACUGACGCCAUCAGGGAAUGUGUCAACCACAAGGUGUUUGUCCUCACAUACAAGCCAAGCUACCUGACCUCAGGCUAGAGGGAACUGACCUCUGGCCAAAUACAACGAACCUCAGGUUAAUUUCGGUUAAAAGCUUUUUUUUUCUAAACUUUACAUAAUUCUUUUCCUCAUUGAACGACAUAGCACCAACAUGGUGACUGAAGAACACGACAAUCGGUAAAUGACUGGACUGAUGGUACUAACUCAUUCAACGACCGAGAUGACGACACGUGGGACUGAAGCAACGAAAUGUAAAUUUUUAAUAAAAAUCUUGAUCGCCA